CUUUGACGUCCACGUCCCCGUGGUGUCCGAGUCCUGCCGGCAGCGAUGUGUUACGCGCUCCUGCUGUAGAAAAAACAGAGAAGGAAAACUUCAGAGAAAUGGCGGAGGGAGCUACGACUCUCAAAGGCUUGCGAGCCCAAAUGGCUGCAGCUGCACAGGCCCAAGCUGAGGAGCGGCGCAGCUUGGCAGGAAACAGUCCAGGACCUACUACCAACCCACCAGCUAAACCUCAGGGGUGUAGGCCAGUCAUUGACGGUGCCUCACUUAGAAUAGACGAUCGACUGCGAGUGGCAAAAGAGAGGAGAGAGGAGGCAGAUAAACAACAAGCUUUGCGAGAGUCUCAGAUCAUGGAGCGGGAGCGCAAGGCCAAGCUGCAAGUGGAGCGUCAGAUAGAGGAACGUCAGAAAAAAGUUGAGGAACAGCGAAGGAAGGAGGAGCAAAAGCGAUUGGCCGUGGAGGAGAAGAGGAAGCAGAAACAGGAAGAAGAGAAGGAGCACUACGAGGCAGUGAUGAGACGGACAUUGGAGCGUAGUCAGCGAGUGGAGCAGAGACAAAAAAGAUGGUCUUGGGGAGGCCUGUCCCCAGACUCAGAGGGACGAACAGUGGACAAGCGCUCCACAUCCAUCAUGAACCUGAAACAGCCAUCUGAGGCUGGCAUCAGCAAACGCCUAUCCUCCUCCUCUGCCACCCUCAUCAAGUCACCUGACAAAAGUGUUAAGCCAAGGAGUUCAUCUUGUAACCGGUUGCCUAGCAAUGCUGCUCAGGCCAGUAAGGAAGACGGCAAAAAGCUUCAGGUGGAACAGACAGGCCGUUCUAUGAAGAAGAGAAGUACCUCCCUCACGCGAGUAAGUGUGGGCAGACCACAGACCCCUUCCAGACCUGAUAAGGGGGCAACGGAUGAUCAAGCUCGCAGGGCACCGGCCAGUACUGUGGAUGAAGGGGUCCUUAAUCGCCUGCUCACCCCCACCCAGGCCUCACUAGCUAGGAGCAAGAGCGCCGCCGCCCUGUCCGCUGAAGGAACAGAUGCUCCAGAGUGUCACCUGUGUCCUCGCUCAGCCUCAGCCAGUCCCCUGCACCCACCGCGUGGACCCGUGCGCAGCCGCAGCAUUGACCGACAGAAGAGCGGCAUGACCACAUCUGUGUCGGCUGAUGGAGCCCUCGACCCUUCACUGAAGGACAAGCACUCAUCUACCCCUGGGGGGCAACGUCCUGCCUCCCCAUCCUCUACCCUGGGACGCAACCGCUCACCAUCCCCAGCCCCAAAUUCAGCUCCAAAGAGGACACCUUCCCCAGCAUCAUCCAAGCAAAGUCCUAAGAUGCGCCCACCUUCACCAGGUGCAAUGAAACAACGUCCCCCAUCUCCCCAGCCGACAUCAAGCAAGCCCCCACCCAUCCAGAAGCCAUCCCUCACUCCAACAGGGCCCCCAACCUUGCGAAAGAGGGACUCUAAAUCCAAGGAUCUAUGUCCUGUUCAGGCUGUGUCUCCACAGUCCUCUGAUGCCAGCAAGACCAAAGACAAAGAUGACUCAAAGUCUGGCACCAACUCAGCCGCUGAGGCAGCAAAGAUCCUGGCGGAAAACCGCAGACUGAUGCGGGAGCAGAAGGAGAAAGAGGAGCAACUUAGGAUACAGAGGGAGGAAGAGGAGAGGCUGAGGAAAGAAGAAGAGAAGCGUUUAGCAGAGGAGGCUCGACUGAAACGCCUUGAGGAGGAAAAGAAGCUUGCAGAGGAAAGAAAAAUAAAAGAAGAAGAAGAAGCUCGUCUAGCAGAGGAGGAACGGGUGAAACUAGCGGAAGAGGAAGCACUGAAACAGGCCGAGCUCCAGAAGGAACGGGAGGAAGCUGAAGCAAAGGCCCUAGAGGAGGCCGAGAGAGUCCGCCAGGAGAGAGAUCGCAUUAUGCAGCAGAACCAACAAGAACGUAUGGAAAGGAAGAAGAGAAUUGAAGAAAUAAUGAAGAGAACCAGAAAAGGGGACCAAAAUGACUUAAAGAGAGAUGAUGAUAAAUCCUCACAGGAGAAUGAAGAUGAGGGAGUGGAUGAAAUAAACUGUGAAACCAAAACCCACACGGAUGAUCUUGCCAUGGAAGCUGACAAAGAUGAGUAUGAUCUGUCCUGUGGUGAGCCUGCUCCACGAGAAGAGCCUCUGGGCAGUGUAAAUGGAAAGUCAGAAACGGACGAUAAGGAGAAUAACGACACAAACACAGAAGAGACUCAGGCAGGAAGUCCAGUCCCAAAGAACCGCCUUGUUGAGGGCUCGGAAUUCCUGAAUGAGCAGGAAUCCACCAAGGUGGGGCUGGUCUCAGGCAUCAAUGGUAAGUCCAACCAGUGGAGCUUUGAGGAACUCAUUGACCUCAACGUCCACUCCAAGACCCGACCCCUCAUUGAGACAGAGGACUGUAACCAGGUCUUGAUCAACUGUGAUGAGAGCUCAGAUGGGACCAGGGUGGCCUUUGAAGACAAGGGAGCCCCCAUCAACACCCUGCAUUCCUCUAAUCAACCUAUAGAAGCCUUGUCAGAGAUUUGAUGCUGCAGCCAUCGCUGAGAAGCCUCUUACUGUUGCACUCCUAAAGUUGAUGUCCAGCCGAGCUCCUUAAAAAAAACCAAUCCUCUAUCAGUUCCAAACAGCUUCCUCCUCUAUCUCCUCCUCCUAUUCCAGAGGAAGGAGCACAAGGUGAAGUGGAAAGACACCUUAAGUGCUACAUUUGCACCCUACAUGAUGAGGAAACAAAUAUAUAUUUAAAAAAAUGUGCUUCAGGGAAAUUCUGUAUCUUCCUUCAGCAUGCUUGUUUCAGGUGUCUUUCCUCUUCCUCUUGUGUUUAGUUCUUCUUUAAAAGGUUUCUCAAUGUUGUGUCCAAUUUUGAUGAUGUUUUUUAAGAGUUUUGUCUUUGUCAGGGUUGCGUUGUUGUAAUUUAUUAAUUUUGGCUUCUUUGUUAUUGUAAUUAUUGUUAUCAUAUGUUUAGUCUUUUUUUUUUUCUCUUGUAUGAGAAUAUUCCAGCACACAUGCACCAUUAGGCUGUGUGAAUUACAUUGUGAAUUAAUGGAAGAAACAUUCUGUUGUGUCGGGGUUUGGGUCGGGAUAACAUCCUAGGUUUUGCAUGUGAUUCAUCUAAAUUUACUUGACCGGCUGCUGUUUGCAGCAUCCAGCAAUAUGGCCUUAUAAUUUUUUCCCAAAUAUGGAUUUUUAAGUGCAAAUAUACUAAAAUGUUUGUGCUGCAGCUCAUACACGCACAGUUUAGCAAUGUCCCAUCACGUGAGUGGCUUCCUGCUUCACUUCAUCGACCUUUGUCCCUUUCGGUCUGUUUUUUCAUGAUGGUGUCCCAAAAUUCCUCACCCUGUGUUGUUUUCUUCUUUGGCCACUAGAGGGCUUCAGUAGCACAACUGUUACAUUACAGGUGAAAAGUGUUGAGAUUCACGACAAAACUGUUCUCUGGAGUUUCAACAGUGUGUUGGGGUAUUUGGGGCACGUGGUCAAUUUAGGUUUCGUUUUUUUUUUUUUUUUGCAUAUGUACAUAGAAUUUAUGUUUACUAACACCAUUGUGAUUUAAAUGACAGCUGAGUUGAAUCCGGUUUUAGUGUCCACUGCAUCUGUACCACACAACAGAACCUGGAACACACUAACUCAGACUACAGGCAUAAAUCCAUUGGUUUCAUUCAUAGCUUCUUAAGACAGUGUGUUACUGAACUGAACUUGAAUGUCUAACUGUUCUGGCAUAAGUUCACCUUUGCUGAAACCAGAAAAUUAGAAUUUUCAGUGACCUGGCUUUAGCUUUACAGGAACUACAAUUCCCACUUUGUCGACCAUUCUUCUGCCAGUGUGGCUUUGUCAUUGAUUCAACUUGUUUCUUUUAAAAUCCCGUCACACUAGCUGCUACAUCACACAAAACUCAUUUCAACUAUUUUUUUAAUAGUAUAAAAUUUGGCUGUUUGUUUAUAUAUGAAAAUACAUUUCUACAUAUAUUUAAGUGUUAUUGUGUUGUGUAUAUAAUCAGUAUUAGGCAAAUGAAGCCAUGUGUAGGAUGGGGUGGCACAGGAUGUGGAUAAUUGAAGUCUCUGUGACUGUUAGUGAAGUUUCAGUUUGACUGGUGCCCGGUGACAGAGCUGUGAGGUUGGGGUCGGGCAGCCUGGAAAAUUUGCAAAAUUUCCAUUGAACACUCAUAAGAGCUCUGUAAAACAAGGGCCAAGUGGGGACCUCCUACAUGUUUCCCGAGAUACGGUGUGUGUAACUGUGUUUGUGUGUUAAUUAAGCUUUCAGCCUGAUAUCUGCAAGCCCUAAAUCCUAAUAUUGCCACACGAAGACCAAACAAGUUGACGUUUGGAUGACGAGAAGUGUCGUUUAUGUUCAACACGUGAUGUGAGUUGUGGCUGCCGGUGCUUCUAAUGUCAUCAAAUUACAUUUAAUAUUAUGUCGACGGAUGUGGGGAUGUUGUUGAAUAGCUGUGGUAGGCAUAUCGGCUCAGGUUUCAACUGUUCUACUGUAGUAUGAGGAGGGCACGUCCACCAAACACAGCAUGACAUUGCUCAGACUUGUUUUUGAUGUUUUCUGUCUGUUCCUGAUAUCUCAUGAACUGUAUUGAAAUCUUGAAAUUCCCUUUGCUUGAGUAGUCUAAGCACGGGGUUUGGGGACCUUGAUUCUUGCCUUGUUCUUUGCUGGCUGACUAAAAUCUCUCUGUAUAUAAAGACUCUGGGCUUUCAGAUCCUAGCUUUGAUUAAUAAGCUCAAAGAAUGUAACAGACUCCAUAAACCGUCCUGCAUUAUUUACCGUGUCUCUCAGAGCUGCUCGCUUUUAGCUUUCAUACAUUAUUCAUCUAGGAAACAUGAGACUCUUUGCACUGUCGCAAAUUGCUUGCAAUGUUUAAGGAAUGGUUACUGAGGAGUAGCUUUACAGACUCUUGGCAAAGCUGUGUGUGAUAUUUCUGCAAGAAAACAGUAAUUUGUGUGUGGAUCUGUGAUUUGUUCUCACUCAGAUGUUUUAGGAGUCUCAUUCAUAACCCAUAACUUGCCUAAACCCAAACUUCCCCCCCAGAUCUCUCCUCCUCCAUUUUUCACUCAUGAGUAGCACCUGUUUGGGGGGCUGUUGUAGUUGCUGCUUGAACAGAUAUUGUACCUAUUCCAGGUCCUGCUGCAUCUUUGAGGGCUUAAGUACAGAGCUGAGGGCUCUUAGUCCUCAGCGUUGUCUAUAAUGAUAGGGUAGAACGGUGCCUUAGAUUGAGAUUUAGUAUUUUUAUUGUAUCACAGUCAACUAAGACAGCUUGUCCUUACCUCGGCCUCGACAAUCAGUCUACCCAGCCAGGGCAACUUUGUGAAUAUGAAUAUUUCUCUGGAAGAUUUACUAACAACGCCCUGUCUACAAAUAAAAUUUGUACUGUAAAUAUAUCUAAAGUGUACUGAGAUGAUACAGACUGUUAAAACAAUAAAGUCUUGCAAAAUA